CUGCAUCUCCCUGGAAAGCACCAACGACCUUCCUCUCUGCAACCUAAAAAGGGCCACGGCAGGGAAGAAAACAGAGAAGCAAAUGCAAAAGUAAACACAGAGGGAGUGAGCGAUACUGAAAAGGUUUCCUAUGCAGAUAUCUGGACAUUAUUCCAGCAGCUUUGGGAGCGAGAUAGAAGACUCCGGUGUCCGCCAUGGGGCGCCAAGAGAGCCUGACUUGUCGAUGAAAUCAUCGUAUGACAGUUCGACUGAAAUUGGUAGGCCGAAGCUGCAGAGCCGGAACUCGAUCAGCUUGAAAGCCCAAGCAGUUGCAUCAGGAUUCGUGGGUUGCUUCGUGCCACGCAGUUGCAUCACUGGGAACGAUGCAGAUCGGGAAGUAGGCAUGCCGGACACAUCUGAUUAUUCAUCCACUUCCUCUUCAAAACUAUCAACUAGCAGUAGCAACUAUAGAUACAGAACUCAAAGUUCUUAUGGCAAAAGUGAGACGCGACAAGAAAGGAUAAUCUUUUCCAUUGAAGAAAUCAACAAGGCAACAUCAAAUUUUGCCAUAGAAAACAGAAUUGGGCAAGGAGCAUUUGGUGCAAUAUAUAAGGGCAAACUCAAGGAUGGAUCCCUCAUUGCAGUGAAACAAGAUAAAAAGAAUAUGAAUCAUAUGCACGUAAGCGUAGAGUUCAAGAGUGAAAUAGAAAUUUUGUCACAAGUGGAGCAUUCAAACCUAGUCAGACUUCUUGGAUAUUUGGAGACUGAUAGAGAACGUCUGAUGGUGGUUGAGUAUGUUAGCAACGGCAAUCUACGUGAACACUUGGAUGGAACAAGAGGAAGUGGUCUAGAGAUUGGGGACCGACUCAACAUUGCUAUUGAUGUAGCUCAUGCUAUUGCUUAUAUGCACACUUAUGCAGAUCACCCGAUCAUCCACAGAGACGUUAAGGCCUCGAACAUCCUGCUGACGGAGAAGCUCCGGGCGAAGGUGGCUGACUUCGGGUUCGCCCGGCUGGCGGAGGAGGACCCGGAGAAGACGCACAUAUCGACCCAGAUCAAGGGCACGGCGGGGUACCUGGACCCGGAGUACCUUCGCACCUACCAGCUCACGGAGAAGAGCGAUGUGUACUCCUUCGGCGUCCUCCUGGUAGAGAUGAUCUCGGGGAGGCGUCCCAUCGAACGCAACCGCGCCAGCCGGGAACGCAUGACCACGCGAUGGGCGAUCCGGCGGUUCAAGGAAGGGGGCGUGGCGACGGCGAUGGACCCGAGGGUGCGGCGGAACCCGGCGUCGGUGGGGGCGGCGGAGAGGGUUCUAGGGCUGGCGGAGCGGUGCCUGGCGGAGGAGAGAAAGUCGCGGCCGGCGAUGAAGGAGUGCGCCGAAGUGCUGUGGGGGAUCCGAAGGGAUUACCAGCUAAUGCUGAAGCCACGGACGGUGACGGCAUCGGCGCCAUCGUCGUCGUUAACUGCGAUUGAGGAGCGAGAAGAGGUCUCUGGAAGCGGGGAGUACAAAAGCGCGAAGAAGAUGGCUUAAAACGGCAUGUCUUUUUCCGGAUUCAUAAAAUACAUAAUGUUUUAGGUGUUCUUCGAAUUUCAAAGAGUCCUCCUCCUGUCUGAAGUCAUUAAUCCUGGUUGAUAAUUUUUAAGUAGAUAUUUCUUGUGAUGGAUUUAAAUGUAUAUUUUUUUUAGCAAAUUUGAUCGAUUUAAUGUUACAUGAAAUCUAAUAUUUAAAUAUUUUCAUUCCGCACA